AUGGCUGAGCGGGUGCUGGUGAUCGGCAGUGGCGGCAGAGAGCACGCCCUGGCCUGGAAGCUGGCCCAGUCCCCACACGUCAAACACGUGUUUGUGGCUCCAGGAAACGCAGGGACAGCUGACAAUGGGAAAAUCUCCAACUCAGCUGUAUUAGUGAGCAAUCACACUAUUGUUACCCAGUUCUGCAAAGAUCAUAACAUUGGGCUUGUGUUAGUUGGCCCAGAAGCUCUCUUGGCAGCUGGCAUCGCCGAUGACCUGCGGGCAGCAGGAGUCCGGUGCCUGGGGCCCUGUGCCAGGGCAGCCCAGCUGGCCUCCCACAGCAGCUCCAGCAGAGCCUUCCUGCAGCGCCACGGGCUCCCCACGGCGCGCUGGAGAGCCUUCAGCAGCCCGCAGGAGGCCUGCAGGUUCAUCACCAGCACAGACUUCCCUGCACGGGUGGUGCGGGCACGGGGCCCAGCGGCCAGGAGAGAAGUGACCAUUGCAGCCAGCAAGGAGGAGGCCUGCAGAGCUGUCCAGGAGAUUCUGCAGGACAGAAUGUUUGGAGAGAUGGUUGUUAUUGAAGAACUGCUCCAAGGGGAAGAACUUUCUUGCUCCUGCUUCACCGACGGUGUCACCGUGGCCUCUCUGCCCCCGGCCCAGCCCCACAAGCGGCUGCAGGACGGGGAGCGCGGCCCCAGCACGGCGGGGAUGGGCGCCUAUUGCCCCGUGCCCCAGGUUCCAGAAGCUCUUCUAGAGCAAAUCAGGGGUUCAAUCCUCCAGCACAUCGUGGAAAGCUUGAGACAAGAAGGAGCAGCCUAUGUAGGUGUGCUGCAAACAGGUUUGAUGCUGACCGAAGAGGGGGUGAAGAUUUUAAACUUUAAAUGCCAGUUUGGGGAUCCCCAGUGUCAGGUAAUUCUCCCUCUGCUUAAAAAUGAUUUUUAUGAAGUGAUCCAAGCAACAAUUGAUGGCAAACUCAGCAGCUGCAUGCCAGCCUGGUCAGAGAACAGAACUGCUGUGUGUGUGGUCAUGGCCAGCCCAGGAUACCCAGGAGACUCUGAAAAAGGCAUGGAGGUCACAGGGCUUCUGCAGGCCCAGCAGCUGGGGCUGCAGGUGUUCCACGGGGGCACAGCGCUGAAGGAUGGCAGGGUGGUGACAAGUGGUGGCAGAGUCCUGUCUGUCACUGCCGUCCGGCAGGACCUGCUGGAAGCCGUGGGAGAAGCCAACAGGGGUGUGGCCACCAUCCACUUCCAGGGGGCCACCUUCAGGAGGGACAUUGGGCACCGGGGCCUGCGGCUGCUGCAGCAGCCCCUGGCCCUGGUGUACAAGGACAGACCCGUGGCAGCUGGAACCAGCGGUGUUUGGAGCCAUCUGCCACAAACAUCAGCUCUGAGAGGCACCAGGGCAGGAGGUCGCUCAGAAGGAGGAGGCUUUGCUGCUUUCUUUGACCUGAAGGCGUCUGGAUAUGAGGAUCCCAUCCUGGUGUCCCAGACCAAGGGCCUUGGACCCAAACUCCAGGUUGCCCAGGUCUGUAAAAGACACGACACCAUCGGGCAGGACCUGGUGGCCCUGUGUGUCAAUGACCUCCUGGCCCAGGGGGCCGAGCCCCUCUUCUUCCUCACUCAUUUGACCUGUGGCAAACUGGACACUGAAGUGCUGGAAACAAUCAAAGAAGGAAUAGCUGAGGCUUGCAGGAGUGCAGGGUGUGCUUUCCUGGGCGCGGAGGUGACGGAGGCGGCGGCCCCGUGUCCCCCGGGGCGCUGUGACCUGGCCGGGUUCGCGGUGGGCGCGGUGGAGCGGGGGCAGCGCCCGCCGGGGCUGCGCAGAGCCGAGGAGGGGGACGCGCUGCUGGGGCUGGGCUGUGCCAGCAUCCCCGGCUGCGCCUUCGGCGUCGUGCGCAGGAUCCUCCUGACAUCCUCCCUGCACUGCUCCUCGCCGGCCCCGGGCACCUGCGGGGGCACCACUCUGGGAGAUGUUCUGCUGACCCCAGGGAAGAUGUUCAGCCCUGCUCUGCUGCCCGUCCUUCGCUCGGGGCACGUCAAGGGCUUUGCCCCCACGGCCGAGGGGCUCCUGGGGGGCAUCUCCAGGCUCCUGCCCGAGCACCUCAGCGCCAUCCUGGAUGCUCUCAGCUGGAAGAUGCCUGAAAUCUUUGGCUGGCUCUACAAGGAGGGAAACCUCUCUGCAGAGGAGAUGGCUCAGACCUUCCCCUGUGGCCUCGGGGCCGUCCUGGUGGUGCAGAAGGAGCUGGCCCAGCACGUUCUCCAGGACAUCCAGAGGCAGCAGGAGGCCUGGCUGGUUGGGAAGGUGGUUGCCCCUUGUCACACAGGUUCUCACGUUGAGGUGGAGAAUCUUGCUGAGGCCCUGCAGCUGAGCUGCCCCCAGCAGCCGCCGGGCGACAGCGCCGCCGAGAGCCCCGGGAGGAGGAAGGUGAAGGUGGCUGUUCUUGUCUCUGGAGCAGGCAGGGCGCUGCCGGCGCUGAUCGGCUCCGCGCGGGAGCGCGGCAGCAGCGCCCGCCUGGUGCUGCUCAUCUCCAACCGGCCCGGCGUGCCCGAGCUGCGCUGCGCCGCCCGCGCCGGCAUCCCCACAAGGGUGAUUGAUCACAAAUUGUACGGGAGCCGCUCGGAAUUCGACAGCACCAUUGACCGGGUCCUGGAGGAAUUCUCCGUGGAGCUGAUCUGCCUGUCAGGAUUCAGCAGAGUUCUGUCCGGCCCCUUUCUCCGAAAAUGGAAAGGGAAAAUUUUGAAUGCUUCUCCAUCACUUUUCCCACUCACCAAGGAUGGAAAUGCCCAUCAAGAGCCCCUGGAAAGUGGAUUCAAAGUUGCAGGCUGCACUGUGCAUUUCGUCCUGCCCCUUCCCCUUCCGCAGCGCUGCGGGCCCUGCCGAGCCCCGUGUGCCCGCAGGAGGAGCCGGGCGCCGCGGCCGCCAUCCGCCGGGAGCCGCUGGCGGGCGGCGCGGGGGCUGCGCUGGAGGAGCGGCUGCGGGAGGCCGAGCUCCGGGCCUUCCCCCCGGCCCUGCAGCUCGUGGCCAGCGGCGCCGUGUGGCUGGGAGCCCAUGGAAGAACCUGCUGGAGGCGGGAGAGCCAAAGGCCGGGCCCGCAGGAGGAGCAGGGAGCGGCCACGGAGGAGCUGGAGGGGCUGUGGGCAGGGCCCUGAGGGGCUCUGCUCGCGUCCCCUCCUCUUCCCUUCUCCCCAUGUGCUUCUCUUGGAUGUAUCCGUAUCCCAAGCUUCCAUUCCCAGCCUUUUCCCUGAGCUCGCAGCUUUCGUUAAACCCCCUUGGAAAAUCCAGGCUGGUUUGGAAUUCCUUCGUUCUGUUUUUAAACCUGCCAAGGAGAAAAUGUGUUACAUGGACUGGGCUCGAGCUGUAAAACUGAUCUGCUGCUUCCGAGGGGAGUUCACCCUUCCAAGGGCUCCAUUUCAGGGGCAGAGCAGCGGGAGCCUCCCAGAGGAGCCCCAGAGAGGAUCUGCUGCUGCAGGAGUGGGACAGCAAAGCCGUGGAGCUGCCGGAGAGAUCCAGAGGGGCCACGGGGCUGCUCCAGGGCUGGAGCCCCUCUGGAGCCAGGCUGGGAGAGCUGGGGGGGCUCCCCUGGAGAGGAGAAGCUCCAGGGAGAGCUCAGAGCCCCUGCCAGGGCCUGAAGGGGCUCCAGGAGAGCUGCAGAGAGACAAUUGCCAAGGGCUGCAGGGACAGGAGCCAGGGAAUGGCUCCCAGUGCCAGAGGGCAGGGCUGGAUGGGCUCUUGGGAAUCAGGAAUUGUUCCCUGGCAGGGUGGGCAGGCCCUGGCACAGGGUGCCCAGAGCAGCUGUGGCUGCCCCUGCAUCCCUGGCAGUGCCCCAGGCCAGGCUGGACACUGGGGCUGGAGCAGCCGGGGGCAGUGGGAGGUGUCCCUGCCAUGGCAGGGGUGGCACUGGGUGGGCUCUGAGGUCCCUGCACACCCAAACCUGGUGUGACUAUGAAAUCCCAUUUCACAUCAGCCUCUCAUGGCAAAACAUCAGAGUCUGGAUGAAGGUGCCUGUGCUGGAGAUGGGUAUUGGAUUUGGGACAGAUCCUCUCUGCUGGUCUCUCUGGCAGUGAUCCAACAGCUCUGGUCAAUAACGUGAGACUGAUUUCCUGCACAGGCAGUGAUUUCACUCCUCCAAGUCUUUAUUUCCUCUG